AUGAUUUUGGACGUUUUUAAUACAAUGCAAAAUAACAUCACUGAUGUUUUUCCCCGUGUUGUACCUGCAACUGCUGCUUCCGUUCUGCUUUUCAUCUUCUUGCUCAUUAUUGUCUGGAAUUAUGAAGAAACUUCUUCUAUACCAGGUCCGUCAUACUGCAUGGGACUCGGUCCUCUUCUUUCCUAUGCUAGAUUUCUAUGGACUGGAAUAGGCAAUUCCACAAAUUACUACAAUAAACUCUAUGGGGAAAUUGUAAGAGUCUGGAUUAAUGGUGAGGAAACACUAAUUAUCAGCAAAUCUUCAGCAACAUGUCAUGUGAUGAAGCAUAGUCACUAUGUUUCACGGUUUGGCAGCAAACUUGGCUUACAGUGCAUUGGCAUGAAUGAAAAUGGGAUCAUAUUCAAUAGCAACACCUCUCUAUGGAAGGUGAUCCGCCCCUUUUUUAACAGAGCUUUAUCUGGACCUGGCCUUAUACAGACCACAGACUACUGCAUUCAAUCAACCAAACUCUACCUAGAAAAGUUAGGAGAAAUGACAAAUGAUUUUGGGAAUGUUAACGUGUUAAAGCUAAUCAGACUUAUUACUUUGGAUACCUCUAACAACCUGUUUCUAAGAAUUCCUUUGGAUGAAAAUGAAAUUGUCUUAAAAAUACAGAAAUACUUUGAUGCAUGGCAGGCACUUCUUUUAAAACCGGAUAUAUUCUUUAAAAUUUCCUGGCUUUACCGAAAAUACGAAAAGUCAGCUAAUGAUCUAAAAGAAGCUAUUGAAAUUCUCAUUGAACAAAAAAGACAGAAGCUUUCAUCUUCAGAGAAGCUAGAUGAGAAUAUGGAUUUUGCAUCAGAAUUAAUUUUUGCUCAGAACCAUGGAGACCUAACACCUGAGAAUGUGAACCAGUGUAUUUUGGAGAUGCUGAUUGCUGCUCCUGACACCAUGUCUGUGUCUCUCUACUUCAUGUUUGUAUUGAUUUCCCAACAUCCAAAGAUUGAAGAAGUUAUAAUGGAUGAAAUCAACACUGUCAUAGGUGAUCGAGAGGUAAAGAGUAAUGACUUACAAAAUCUUAAAGUUUUGGAGAACUUCAUUUAUGAGAGUAUGAGGUAUCAGCCGGUGGUAGACUUGGUCAUGCGUAAGGCUUUAGAAGAUGACAUGAUUGAUGGAUACUUUGUAAAGAAGGGCACCAAUAUCAUUCUGAACCUAGGACGUAUGCACAGAGCUGAAGUCUUUCCAAAACCAAAUGAGUUUUCACUGGACAAUUUUGAAAAGACGGUUCCAUGUCGUUACUUUCAGCCAUUUGGAUUUGGUCCACGUGCGUGUGCGGGAAAGUACAUAGCCAUGGUAAUGAUGAAAGUGAUUCUAGUAACGCUGCUGAAGAGAUACAGAGUGCGGACGCUGCAAGGAAGAUGUCUGGAAAACAUUCAAAAUAACAAUGAUCUCUCAAUGCACCCUGAUGAAACUCAGCCCUCAUUAGAGAUGAUAUUCAUUCCUCAAAACAUAGCUGUUCUCAAGCACUAG